AUGACAUAUUCAGCCGCACCCUUCCAUAUCAUUACACAAAAUUGCCGGGGCUUGAACGCACCCGAAAAAAGAGCACACUUACUGCAGGACCUCAAACGUCGCCAAGUAUCUAUCGCCCUACUACAAGAAACACACCUCAGGGACGUGGAUAACCACAGACUACGGAACAAGCACUACCAUACCACCUUCCACAGUAAUCAUCCAACAGCUCGGAAAGCAGGUGUCUCGAUCCUCUUAAACACCAAUCUACAGUUCACACACUCCGAAACGGUCGUAGACCCAAAUGGCAGAUUCCUCUUUGUGAAGGGAAUGAUAUCCCAGAAAACAUACACGUUGGCCUCGGUAUACGCCCCGAAUAAGAGCCAAGCCAAAUUCCUCUGCAGAACACUCUUAAAACUAGCCGCAUUCACGGAAGGCAUCCUAGUGCUUGGAGGAGAUUUUAACAUAACCUUGGAACCUCUCUCUGACUCAUCCACGGGACACAGCUCCAUAGCACAGGCAGCGAUCAGAAGGAUUCGCAAGACACUCCAGGACUUGAGAUUGGUAGACACCUGGCGCACACUCCAUCCAGAUGAUCGCGACUAUACCUACUACUCGCCCCUCCAUAGUCGAUAUUCACGUAUAGAUUACAUCUUCAUACAACAGGAAGGCCUCACUUUCCUGAAAAAGGCUGCGAUCAGACCCACCCCGUGGGCAGACCACAGCGAAUCAUCCAUACACCUCGACUCCCCUCUCUUCAGACCCACCCAAAAGACGUGGAGGAUAAACGAAUCGCUCCUACUGGAUACACCGAUCCGAACGCAAAUAGCAGAACACCUGAACCAAUACUUUGCAGAAAAUACCACGGAAGAUAUGUCGAAUAUAACACUUUGGGAGGCGCACAAGAGCGUCCUCAGGGGACACCUUAUUCGGAUUGCGUCACGCAAAAAGCGAGAAAACCAACAAGCAAUGGCGGACCUCACGGCCCAAAUAGCGAACCUCGAAACCCUCCACAAGCGCAGCCAGAUGGAAACACACUACCGGGAACUCCUGACAGCACGUAGACAACUUACGGAGCUCAUUGACCGUAAACACCACAGAGCAAUACAACGCUCUAAAGCCUUCUACUACCUACACGCCAACAAAGGUGGCAAAAUGCUAGCCCGUCUGAUCCGAGGCCAACAAGCGAGAGCACAGGUACAGGCGAUACGGACUUCAAACGGACACCUCACACAGUUCCCGGAAGAAAUUGCUAACGAAUUCCGCUCCUAUUAUACAAAACUAUAUAACAUACACGCAAACCACACGGAAACGCGACAAAGCGAAGAAAACAGGCAGGUAGAACAAUAUCUACAAGAAUUCCAACCCGACGCGCUCUCGUACGAAGAAGCGGAAUCCCUAGAAGCUCCGAUCUCAGAAGACGAAGUACGGACAGCAAUCAAGGCCGCAAAAAAUGGCAAAGCACCGGGACCAGACGGCUUCUCAAUAGGCUAUUACAAAAAAUUUGGCGAUACCCUGAUCCCACACCUAACCGCCGCACUAAACCAACUCCAAGACGGAGGCAGAUUCCACCCCGAAACACUGGCAGCCACCAUCACGGUCAUACCAAAACCGGGCAAGAACCCAGAAAACUGCGGGAACUACCGCCCUAUCUCACUCCUCAACGCGGAUGUCAAACUAUUCUCCAAGAUCCUAGCAACCAGACUCCAACCCUACAUGCCCAGGCUGAUACACCCGGACCAAACGGGCUUCAUACCAGGAAGAGAAGCUAGGGACUGCACUCUGAGAGCGUUUACCAUCCAACACCUAGCUCGAAGAGAAAAUAAGAAUCUACUAAUGCUCUCCACGGACGCCGAAAAAGCGUUCGACCGAGUGAGAUGGCAAUUCAUGAUGGCGACGCUCAACAAAGCUGGACUAGGGAGAGGGAUGCUCGCGUGGAUAGACACACUUUACUGCAACCCCAAUGCGCGGAUCCGAAUCAACGGAGCACUCACGGAUGGAUUCCUAAUCAGCAACGGCACCAGGCAAGGCUGCCCAUUAUCCCCGCUCCUAUUUGCCCUAACACUGGAACCGUUCCUAGACAGGAUCAGACGAACACCAACCAUACGUGGAUUCCAAUAUAAAGAUCAGGAACAUAAAAUUGCGGCUUAUGCAGACGAUAUGCUCUUCUUUAUAGAUGACCCGAGACACACGUUACCGGCACUGAUGGAUGAGUUCGAUAGCUACGGCCGAGUAUCCGGGCUUAAACUAAACCACACGAAAUGCGAAACAAUACAAAUCUCAGCCCAAACACCUGACUGGGACCACGUCAAAAGAGCAUACCCCUUUCAUAGCUGCGAAGACCAGAUGAGAUACCUGGGAAUCUGGAUUUCCAGCAACCCAACGGAAACCUACGCACGGAACUACGCUCCACUCCUCAAUCAAAUACAGAAAGACCUGACAACCUGGAAUUACGAUUGCAUCUCAUGGCAUGGUCGCAUAGCUGUAGUAAAGAUGAACAUCCUACCGAGACUCCUCUAUUACUUCAACACCAUACCCUGGCACCUACCACCGGAAUUCUUCGCAACUCUGAGGACAGCGGUUAGCAGAUAUGUCUGGAAGGGGAACAGAGUGAGGCUUAGCCAUGAUAAAAUAUGCCUACCCAAGGCGUGGGGCGGCUUAGCACUGCCAGACUUCCGCAAAUACUACUACGCAUCUACCCUACAACGGAUAAGAGACUGGCACACGGCCCCUCAACACAAACGCUGGGCGGCACUAGAUAGAGAAAGCACAAACAAAACCCUACACUCACAGGUGUGGCAUCACACCCAGAGGGCAACCCCAAAUAUCGACAAGACCUCGCCCAUAGAACAGACGCUGAAAACAUGGGCCAUAAUGAGAAAAGAAACAUAUAUAUCCCCCCAACCGAGCCCGCUGAUCCCACUAACAUAUAACAUUGACCUAGGAGACGGCCUCCCGAGGAGUGCAUGGCUAACAACAGAGGGCGAUGACUAUUUACCCCUGAAGGAGGCGCUAACCAACGCAGGACUGAAGAACAUACGUGAAUGGACCGGAACCGACACCCCCACACUCAUGCACAGGUUUCGAUACAUGCAACUACGACAUUUUUACUACAAUCUGCCACACAGAUUAGCAGUACACAGAGACACCACGUGGUUCGAAAACCUGUGUGUGAAUGAACCAGAAGCGGAUGGGAGAGUAUCCAUACUAUACCAACGGAUUAUACUGGGAGACCGAGUUCGGAACAUAGCCUUCAAAAGGCGAUGGGAGGACCUCACAGACAGAACAUACACAGAUGCCCAAUGGGAGCAAAUACUCAUACUUCAGCACAAGAGCUCGAUCAGUUCACGAUACCAAGAAGUCAACUUUAAAUUGAUCUCACACUGGUACCGAACACCCUCGCUACUACAUAGAAUAUUCCCGGGGACGCCAGACACCUGCUGGAGAUGCGGAACUCAAUCAGGAACAGUGAGACACAUCUGGUGGGACUGUGCCAUAAUAAAACCAUUCUGGGAAGAGAUCCAACAAGAACUGGCCAAGAUCCUAGGAGAUAUGCCAGACCUAAGCAUUGAAGCCGCACUGAUUGACUUCACGGAAAAACCACUCUCACUCUACAAGAAAUCUAUCCUGAGACACCUGCUGAAUGCAGCCAAAUCCUUGAUUCCGACACUGUGGAAAAGCACCCAACCACCCACAAUCACGCAAUGGCUUCAAAGAGUAGAAGAAAUCCACGCAGCAGAAGCAAAAUACGCUAACUUACUGGGAAGAAGCGACAAACAUGCGGAAAUGUGGGGAUCCUGGUACGUGUACCUAACACAAACACCGACAAGGGAAGGAGGGAGACAAGACACAUAGGGAACCGAGAUACGCACGACGUCCCAAAACUCAAGCAAAACCCCCCCCUCCAGCCCUCCCACAUCCCCACCCUGCCUCAGAGCUCCUGCGGAUGAGCCUAAUGCCCGGGGAAUCACACUGGGACCCCUGAGUGGCAGAAUCACACUAGUUACAAAUGAAAUCUACAUGGCCAGGGGGCACGCUAAACAAGAACCAGAGGUUGGGGGAGCCACGCUAGGAGGAAACAACACACUGCACCCACCCCAGCAACACUGA